AUCCUUGGACUUCACAUAUUUAUUUACUAUUAUCAAAAGAGAGGCAUGUGUUUAAUUGCAUGUAUCAAAUCACUGUUUCCACAUGGUACCGUUACAGUACAGCAGUGAGCGACUGGGCGGGUAAAAGAGUUUGAAGUUAAACAACUUCGCCACAGCUGAGGGCAGAGCGCGAGCUGAGGGGAGAGCGCGAGGAACUAUGUCUUUUAUUCUCCUAAAGAAGAAGAGAUUUAAAUUUAAAGUUGACUUUGAUCUGGAAGAAUUAUCGUCUGUGCCUUUUGUAAAUGGCGUCAUAUUUUGUAAAGUUAGGCUGCUGGACGGAGGCUUUUCCGAAGAGUCUUCUCGGGAGAUGGUCCAAGCAAACUGUGUCCGCUGGAGCACGAGGUUCUCCUUUGUCUGUAAAAUGAGUGCCAAUACAGUAACAGGUGUACUGGACCCUUGUUUUUGUCGGGUAUCUGUGCGCAAGGAAGUGAAAGGGGGGAAAAGUUUCACAAAGCUUGGUUUUGCUGAUUUGAACUUGUCUGAGUUUGCUGGCUCUGGUAGUUGUAUACGACGAUGUCUUCUUGAAGGUUAUGAUACAAAGCAUACGAGACAGGACAAUUCAAUAAUAAAGGUUGUAAUCACUACACAGCUCAUAUCUGGAGAUCCUUGUUUUAAAGCUGCUCCAUCUACAGCUAUGACACUGGGAAUUCCACAGACUGAAGCAGUGUGCCUACUUGAGGACAGAAAGGCUGGAGACCAGCAAACAUCACAAUUUUCAAAAGGAAUUCCUGUGAAAUCUGUUUCUGUCCCAGAAGGACUUCUAGUUUAUGGUCAUUCCAGAACCCCAAGCCAUGCAAGUCAACAUUCAAAAAUUUCAGGCUGCAGUUCAAAUCAUUCAAGUUUAGUAGGACUUACUCACCAGAGAAACCCCUCUGGUGAUUCAGUCUCUACAGGCAUUGGGAUACAUGAAAUCAGUGAGCAGCAUUUUUAUAGAGGUGACCAGGAGAAACCUCCUCGUCCUGUUGUUACCAGCUUUAAAGAUCAUGAUCAUCUUUCAACUCCCAAAAAACUUUCAAGGCAACCUUUAAAACAAAACUCAGUGGAGAACCAGUUGAAGCGAGUUGACGCCACAAGAGUGAAUGCAGAUGACGUAAUCGAGAAAAUCUUGCAGAGCCAGGAUUUUAGUCAUGGCUUGUUGGACUCCAGUACAGAAGAAGAAGGUUUAAGUCUGUUUGUUGGACCUGGUGGCAGCACAGCCUUGGGAAGCCAAUACACAAGGGUUGGAGUUGGGACCUUUGAACAGGUUGUGAUCCAGCACUAGAGAGUACCCUUGGCACCACAUGGAACAAGCCUCACUUAUAGAGAUUUGAGCUCUUAUUUUGGAACCACGAGAGCCCUCUGGUGUGCAAUUUGAGGUGUUGCAGUAAUAAUUUAGUACUGUUUUAACUUUUGGUAUGUUAUUAAAACGAUUACCGUAUUCUGUGCAAAUCAUACACAUUCAAAGUAGUGAAGGCUCAACUGGCAUGUAAUGUAAAACAUUAAUCCAAUCAAUAGUCUUACUGGCUACUUCUGGAUUCAGAUCAUAGACUGUAUGUGAUACAGAUGGAAUUCUGGCAAUAAAGUUAUUUUUGUUUUA